AUGUCAAGUGCCAACAGCAAUACUGCCGAGUUGGGCGCGCGCAUGACCAUGUCUGAGGUGGGCAAGCAGAAGGCUGCCGAAUCGGACAUUCACGACUUCCUGCGCGAGGCCGGCGAUGCGCUGAGUUCAACGUCCAGCACGGCUGCUGCACCUACGCAGAUGCCACGAAGGAAGAUGAUCAAUUCGGAGACCGCAAACUACGCGGCGCUCUCCACAACCGUACGAUCACAAGACCCAGACUUACAAUUACGUGAUCUCCGCAGACCUCCAUCGCCAGUAUCGCGCACAUACCACCCCACAUCAUCCUCAGUAUCCGGCUUAUCACGGACGCCGUCAGUGAUGGAUACUGCACCGAACAUGCCACCGCCAGAUGACGAUUAUGUUCCCUACCGGCGGCCAUUAUCACCCGACCGGCCAUACUCACCCACUCGCACAUCAGACGACUACUCGCGGCCACCAGCUUCAGUCAACUCAUACGAGCCACUAGACCUUCAUGGCAGCCCACGGCCAGGCAGUCCGCAGCGACCACUACCUCCAGCGCCCUUGUUCACCAAUGGUGCCAGACCGGGCUCUCGCGGAUCUGAGAACACCAUGGACAUGACCGAUAUGACUUCAAUACCAAUUCACGACGACGACGACCCCUUCACCGACAUUGGCGACGACAGACCAGACCUGCGAUCACGGGACUCCUACAUGAGCGACGAUACAUAUACGGACAUAUACACUGAAAUCGACGAGAAGGCAGAGCACUACGGGCCAGCUCCAGAUGGCGCACAGGAACGACGUGGAGCGCGAGAUGCAGUAAUGACGAAGAAGGAGGUUCGCUUGAUCAACGGUGAACUUAUUCUCGAGUGCAAGAUCCCGACCAUCCUCCAUAGUUUCCUUCCGCGACGAGAUGACAUCGAGUUCACGCACAUGCGAUAUACGGCUGUCACAUGCGACCCAGAUGACUACAUUGAUCGUGGCUACAAAUUACGCCAAAAUAUCGGGAAUCAGCGGGAGACGGAGUUGUUCAUCGCUAUUACCAUGUACAACGAGAACGAGAUUGACUUCACCCGAACAAUGCACGGUGUCAUGCAGAACAUCAGCCAUUUCUGCUCGCGCAUGAAGUCAAGAACUUGGGGAAAAGACGGAUGGCAAAAGAUUGUUGUGUGCAUCAUCGCAGACGGUCGUGGCAAGGUCCAUCCUCGAACGCUAGAUGCCAUCGCUGCAAUGGGAUGCUUCCAAGAAGGUAUCGCGAAGAACCACGUGAACCAGAAGGAGGUCACAGCUCACGUAUACGAAUACACCACUCAGGUCUCCUUGGAUUCAGAUCUUAAGUUCAAGGGCGCGGAGAAGGGCAUUGUGCCGUGUCAAAUGAUCUUCUGCUUGAAGGAGAAGAACUCGAAGAAGCUGAACUCGCAUCGUUGGUUCUUCAACGCUUUCGGACGGGCGCUUAAUCCAAACGUCUGCAUUCUACUCGACGUGGGAACCAAACCUGGACCCAAAGCCCUGUACCACUUGUGGAAAGCAUUCGACACCGACUCUUCUGUCGCUGGAGCUGCUGGAGAAAUCAAGGCAGGUAAAGGCAAAGCCUGGCUUGGUCUUCUCAACCCACUCGUCGCAUCGCAGAACUUCGAAUACAAGAUGUCCAAUAUCCUCGACAAGCCAUUGGAGUCUGUAUUUGGGUACAUUACUGUCUUGCCUGGUGCGCUUUCAGCAUACCGUUAUCACGCGUUGCAGAACGACCACACAGGCCACGGUCCCCUUAGCCAGUACUUUAAGGGAGAAACGCUUCAUGGUCAAGAUGCAGACGUUUUCACGGCAAACAUGUAUCUGGCUGAAGAUCGUAUCCUAUGUUGGGAGCUUGUAGCAAAGCGUAGCGAGCAAUGGGUUCUAAAAUACGUCAAAGCGGCAACUGGUGAGACUGACGUGCCAGAUGCUGUACCUGAAUUCAUUUCCCAACGUCGACGAUGGCUGAACGGUGCUUUCUUCGCCGCUGUCUACUCAUUGCUCCAUUUCAAGCAAGUAUGGGCGACUGACCAUACCAUCGGACGCAAGAUCCUCCUCCACAUCGAAUUCGUGUACCAGUUCGUGCAACUUCUGUUCACGUUCUUUUCGCUUGCCAACUUCUACCUGACAUUCUACUUCGUUGCUGGCUCACUGUCAGACCCGGAACUCGAUCCCUUCGGCCACAACAUUGGAAAAUACAUCUUCUACAUCCUACGUUACACAUGCACCUUGCUCAUCUGCAUGCAAUUCAUCCUGUCUAUGGGUAAUCGACCCCAAGGAGCCAAGAAGAUGUUCUUUUGGAGUAUGGUCAUGUACGGUAUCAUCAUGGCGUACACUACCUUCGCCUCCUUCUACAUCGUCAUCGUCCAACUCAAAGAUCCAAAAGCACCAAAGACAAUAGGGGCUAAUGUCUUCACCAACCUUAUUGUCUCUAUGGGGACGACGGUUGGUCUCUACUUCCUCAUGUCCUUCAUGUACCUGGAUCCUUGGCACAUGUUCACGUCCAGUGCGCAAUACUUCGCUCUUCUCCCGUCAUACAUCGCCACUCUCCAAGUGUACGCCUUCUGCAACACACACGACAUCACCUGGGGAACUAAGGGUGAUAACGUAGCGAAGACAGAUCUAGGAGACGCAAAGGGAAAGAACAAGGAUGUUGUCGAACUCGAAAUGCCAUCAGAGCAAUUGGAUAUCGACAGUGGUUACGACGAAGCCCUGCGGAAUCUUCGUGAUCGUGUCGAAGUACCUGAGCCUCCGAUCUCCGAGUCGCAACAACAGGAAGACUACUACCGUGCUGUCCGAACCUACAUGGUUGUCAUCUGGCUUAUCUCAAACGCUAUCUUCGCCAUGGCUAUCAGUGAAGCAUAUUCGGAUCGCAAAGUGACAAACAAUUUCUACUUGACAUUCAUUCUCUGGGCUGUCGCUGGCCUUGCUUUCUUCCGCGCCAUUGGCUCCACGACUUUCCUCAUCAUCAACUCCAUCCAAGCGAUCAUGGAAACAAAGCUCAAAUGGCAAGACAAGAUUGACGACAAGAAGAGCAAUAGAACUGUUCUUGGUGGCGGCAGAAAGUAUGGUGGGAAGAAGUGGUGGAAGUUCGGAUUUGGCGGCGGUGUGUCAUCGAGUUGGUUCUCUGGCAGUACAGUAUCCAGUAAGCUUAGCAGUCUGGCGCCUAGCAAUUGGGGUGGAAGCAGUGUUGGGAGAUAA